AGUCAGAGUCUGACAGAACACACACGUGAAACGAGUCGAGAUGUCUGCCAAGCGCCUCCUGUUCCUGGCUGCCGCCUGCUUCUGCCUCUUAGUCUUGACAAGUGGGGCAAUCCUCCCUUCAAGAGGAAUCAAGCCUGAGUGUAGCUCAUACCCGCUGCCCGCCUGCCCACGGAUGUACAUCCCAGUGUGUGGCACUGAUGGCGAGACCUAUGGCAACGAGUGUGAGCUUUGUGUGGAUAACAUGAGGAGGAAAGAUCAGGUGUAUAUUUUAAACUACGAUGAAUGCUGAAUCCAUGGACGGACACCUGGAGGUUCACUGAUCUUCUCUCUGCUUUGUGUUUCACAAGCUCCCCUUUGCUCCACUCCAGGCCCCUACGUCCUUUCAAAGAUGAAAUAAACUUUUACUUCUGGCAUGAAA